AGACCGCGGCAGGGUCUGGAGCCCCCCGCCCCGCCGGCGGCAGCCUGACCCUCUGCCGGGGGGGGCCCCCCGCGUCCUUUCCUCCUCCCCGCAUCCCCCUUUGCUUUCAUGCAACGCCUGGUGGCCUGGGACGCAGCAUGCCUCCCCAUCCAGCCGCCCGCCUUUAAAUCCAUGGAAGUGGCUAAUUUCUAUUACGAGGCGGACUGUCUGGCUGCUCUCAACAAGCUGCACCCGCGGGCGGCCGGGGGCCGCUCCAUGACCGAGCUCACCGUCGGGGACCACGAGCGAGCCAUCGACUUCAGCCCGUACCUGGAGCCCUUGGCGUCGCAGCCGCCGCCUCCCGCGGCAGCAGCAGGGGGCAACUUUGAGCCUCCGUGCAGCAGCGGCGCCGGCCAAGAUUUCCUUUCCGAUCUCUUCGCCGAGGACUAUAAAGGCAGCGGCGGCAGCAAGAAGCCCGACUACACCUACAUCAGCCUCGCCCGGCACAGCCACCCCUGCGCCAGCCAGAGCCACAAGCCGGGGGGGCUGCCGGGCUGCUUCCCGCCCCAGAUCGUGGAAACCAAAGUGGAGCCGGUCUUCGAGACCCUGGACUCUUGCAAAGGGCCCCGUAAGGAAGAAGGGGGCGCGGGGCCGGGACCGGGGGGCAUGUCCUCGCCCUACGGCAGCACCGUGCGCUCCUACCUGGGUUACCAGUCGGUGCCGAGCGGCAGCAGCGGGAACCUGUCCACCUCCUCCUCCUCCAGCCCCCCCGGCACCCCCAACCCCUCCGAGUCCUCCAAGUCCGCCGCCGCCGGCGGGGGCUACUCCGCCGCCCCGGCGGGCAAGAACAAGCCCAAGAAGUGCGUGGACAAGCACAGCGACGAGUACAAGCUCCGCCGGGAGAGGAACAACAUCGCGGUGCGCAAGAGCCGCGACAAAGCCAAAAUGCGCAACCUGGAGACGCAGCACAAAGUCUUGGAACUGACGGCCGAGAACGAGCGGCUGCAGAAGAAGGUGGAGCAGCUCUCCCGGGAGCUGAGCACCCUCAGGAACUUGUUCAAACAGCUGCCCGAGCCCCUGCUCGCCUCCUCGCCGCGCUGCUGACCCGCGGCCGGGGCGAGGGAGCCGCGGGCCCCGC